AUGCCAAUCAAACCUAUUGCGACAGAAAAUGCUCUCAUACAUGGACACCGCAUCUCGCAUGGUGUCUUUGGUGCAGGAGAGCCAGUCGUGCUUAUACAUGGCACCCCCUCGAGCUCCCUGAUCUGGCGCAAUAUUAUUCCAUCAUUGACGAAAGCAGGCUUCAAGGUUCAUGUUUUCGACCAGCUUGGAUAUGGAGUUUCUGAGAGACCAUGGGAUCCAGACGUGGACACAUCAAUGUCAGGACAAGUCCCAAUACUUGAGGCACUGCUUGAGUACUGGGGAGUAGAUAGAUUCCACCUGGUGGCUCACGACAUCGGAGGAGGGAUUGCUCAGCGUUUUGGAAUAUUUCAUCCACAUCGUCUACGGUCUCUCACGCUCAUCGAUGUCGUCAGCUUCGAUAGCUAUCCCUCCAAACGAACCAAAGAACAAAUGGCCAAUGGCCUGGAGUCUCUUAUCAAGUCCCCGGACGAAACUCACCGGCAGCACUUUCGUGAGUGGCUUCUUUCAGCUGUUCAAAACAAGAAGGCUCUCGCUGAUUCGAGCCUCGACACCUACGUAAACUAUAUCUCGGGUUCCGUGGGACAGGGCAGCCUCUUCCAGCACCAGGUUCGCCAUUACGAUCCCAAACAUACCAUGGAGAUAGCUGAUCGGUUGCACGAGCUUGGAGACAACAUGCAAGUCAAACUGGUUUGGGGCGCAGAUGAUGCAUGGCAGAGCACAGAUUGGGCAGAAAAGUUACACAAGGCGAUUCCUGGCUCAGACCUGGAGGUUCUGGAUGAUUGUGGGCAUUUUUCGCUCGAGGACCAACCGGGCAGGAUCUCGGAAAUUUUGACGACCUUCUUGACGAGUAAUAGAUGA